UUUUAAUCAUAAAUACAUUUGCAUUUUUAUUUUAUUUUUUAGCAGGCUAUGAAAUGACAGGAGUCAGAUUAUCCCUCUGUGCCUUCAGAACUCUGGAAAACUGUGCCAGACUUUAUCAGAAGCAGCAUGUAAUUCAGUGUACCACAUGCUAUACACAUUGCAGACGUCUGUCAAACAGCCUAGACCAACACAGAAUACCCAUUACCGGCAGGUACCCCUUACAUUCCUGUCCAGUUCUCACUCUGCAUUCAGGAAACAUAUAUGGAAACUCAAUCAGGUUUAAAAGUAAGAAGAGCCAGAAGAAAACUCAUAAAGGCACAUCUCAAGAGGACGAGGAUGAAGAAGAUGAAGAUCUUGAGGAUGUCAGUGAUUAUGAAGAUGAGCCAGAAGAAGACCCCAAUAUCCCCAAAGAUUAUAAAGAUCUAGAGAAAGCUGUGCAGUCCUUUCGAUAUGAUGUCAUCAUUUCAGCGGGACUAGAUAUCUCACGAAAGUAAGUGAUACUCCAUGCAUCUUAUCUCAUCUCCAUUACCCCCAAAUUAGUCAUUUUUAAGGCAUAUUCAAGGAUUUCUCUACACUAACUGUUAAACCAGCAAACUCGUUAUAUUAAAUAAAACCACAACUAACCAGGGUUGUGGGAAUGGAUUUCCAGAUGCAUGCGCACCAGCUUAAUAUUAGUUUAACUUUCACAGUGCAUUGGCUAAAAGAAUACAAUCUCCUGCCCACCUGGUUAAUAAGGGGUUUUGGAAAACUUGAUUUUGUUUCUGUCCUCCCCUCCUACUGUAUAUUGUGUGAAGGGAAAGUGUUGUGAUUGUGGCGUUCUUGUUACAAUAUUCUGAUCUUGCACAAACAUUUCAUUGAGUUUUGUCAAGAACAAGAAGACUAACAAUGAUCACAUUAUGUACCGUAUAUGUCGACCCGAAUAUAAGUCGAGACCCCUAAUUUUACCCCAAAAAACUGGGAGUCUUAUUAUGGUAAAUUUCUAAAUAAAAUUAGAUCCCAAAAAAAUUACAUUAAUUGAAUAUUUAUUUUGUGUAUAUAAUGAGUGCAGUGUGUGUGUAUGUGAUGCAGAGUGUGUAACCUUGGUGGGAGGUGGGCAUUUUAUUUUUAUUUAUUUUAAUAUUACAUUUUGGUUUUUUUUAAUAUUAUUAUUUUAAUAUUAAUUUUUUUUUAUUAUAUUAUUUAAAUUUGUAUUUAUAUAUUUAUUUAUUUUUGUCCCCCCUCUCAUUCCCUGGUGGUCCAGUUGUGUGUACUGUGUAGGAGAGGUGCUGGCAGCGAGCUGUAACUUACCUUUCCUGCAGCUCAUGUCAGCUCCCUUCUCCUCCACUGUAAGUCUUGCGGUCUGAGUGCCGUGCGGAGCGUUGCCAUGGUAACCCGUGGCAACGCUCUGAUGCCGCAGCUCUCGCAAAACUUACAGUGGAGAAGGGAGCUGACCGGCACGGAGAAGGGAGCUGCAGGAAAGGUAAGUUACAGCUCGCUGCCAGCCCCCAACAGGACCGCCGGGCUCAUCCUUGUCUGUAUUAUGGCAAUGUAAGUUGCCGUAAUACAGACAUUGACUCGAGUAUAAGACGAGUGGGGGUUUUUCAGCACAAAAAAGUGCCGAAAAACUUGUCUUAUACUAGAGUAUAUACGGUAACUUAUCAAAUCAGGUUCAUAUAGCUGAACAGCUGUAGCAAAGCAUGGAAUGUUGCUAUGAUAACAAAACGAUCAGCUGAGAGAUCUUGUUGAUGGUCUAUGGCUUUGGGUUCAAGGAGUUUGAAACUUCCAAUUUCAGGCCACUCCACCUUCCACCCUUCUAUGGUUUCUUGUUCCACUCUUUUUUUUUUGCUCAUAUAUUGUCUAAAUGUAUACUAAAAUUGGACAUUUUGAAACACAUUCGACUGGUAUAAAUAUAUAUAUAUAUAUAUCUUACUUUUUUUUUCUUUUAUGAUAAAAAAAGCAAAGUUGAAGAAGCGUUUUACAGCAGCAUGCUGCGGCUAAAUGGGGAAAAAUUAUGGAAGAAAAGCAGAGCGGUAUGUUUCUAUGCAAUACAUUAUACAGUAUUUUAGAAGAUAUUAUUUCACCUGUGACUAUUUCGACCCUUUUUUUAUUUUUAUUCAUUGUAGGUUAAAAUUGGAGACCACUUGGAUUUAAUUAUUGAAGAAAAUAAAGAAACUAAAACAUCAACAGUGAUGAGAGUCAUCUUAAAAAAAGUGGCAGAGGAAAAGACUGGCACUGAAAAAUACAAAGUCACAUUAAGACGAUGGAAAAACCUAAAACUUGCAAAGCAGGAUGGACAAAAAUAAUACAUUUUGUAUGCGUUAGUGCUUCGGAAGAAAGGCACAAAUACUAUAUAUUUAAAAAGCUGGCAGGUCAAUUUGUGCAUCACCCUUCCAACACCCCAAAAAGGAUUGUUUUUAACAAUCACCUGCAUGAGCACUAGACUGAGACUGUUAACUCUUCUUUCAUAUCAACUGCCUAUGUGUGCUUUUUACAAAACACCAGAUCAGAGCUGUAAUUUGUAGACAUUGCAACAUCAUGGAAUAGACUAUAACCGAUGGACCUAAAAUUUUACUCCUUAUCUACAUGUAUUCUAGUCAUUUUUCAUGCGGUUUUUUUUCCCAUAAAUUUUUAUUUUUAUUUUUUUUAAACACAGUAAUGUUUUUUGUAGAUUGAGGGGUUGUGACAUGUGCAUUCACAAGGCGUGCAUAGGUAGGAAGCGCAGGUUUGACAAGAUCACUGGUGGUACUGAGCUACAUGAGGUGCACCUGUUACAUUAUGAUAUAUAACGUGCCAUCAUUUCUUAAAGGACCCCCACCAUAAAGAACUUCAGCUGGAAUUCAAAAUUAAUUUCAAAGUUCCCAAAUUCGAAGCAUAGUUGACCUUUGUCCUUAAAGCUGAAAUUCACUUUGACAAUUCUCACUGUAGUGAUUAUGUAAUUAAUAACUCCAAGUGUGCUUCUGAGUGAUUGACAGUAUUAUGAAUGGCUUAUACAACUAUUAACAUUAAAAAUGACAAUCCGUAAUCAUGAGCAAGUGGCCUCCUGGGGAUGGGAUAUGUAAAAUUCAUGUGCUGAAGAGGGAAAAAAAAAUAAAAUAAUCCAGGCAAUUCCUUUGGGAUCAAUACAUGUUUUAUUCAUUCCUUUAUAUUUUUAUAGACAUUUUAAAUGCAGCAAUACUCUUCACUUUCCAUUUGAUGCCCAUCGUCAUGUAAAAGUAAUAUGUCCAGUAAAACAUAGAUCUGGCAACCCUAUUUAUUGAAAAUAUCAACUGUUGAGAUUAUGAAUACUUAAAAAUAGUUUGAGUUUUAGAUGAGUGUUAGAUUUUACCUGUAAACUUAAAGGAGUAACUUAAGCACCAUAAACACUUAAAGGGACACUAUAGUCCUCAGCACAACUACAGCUUUUUAAUGUGAAUCCUGCCGUUUCAGAGAAAAGGUACUGUUUACAUUACUGCCUAGUAACACCUCUAGUGGCAGUCACUCAGAUGGUUACUAGAGGUGCUUCCUGAGUUAGUGCUGCACAGUGUCUGCAUGCUGUAUGAGAAGAUGCUGAUUUCGCAGCAUUGUGUUUUUUUUCCUUUAAGAAAGCAUUGGAUUGGCUGAGAUCAGAUUUGAUCUCAGCUAUGGAAGCAGAGCCAGCUGCUGCAAGACCAAUGUGGCAGAAAAUGUGAGUAAACCCACUUUUUCUUUUUGUUAAUAAAAGUUUUAAUUGGUCACUGUGCAUAAAGCAAAAACAAUUGCGGGAUACACAUGCAUUGAAACUAUUUUUCAUAAAUUACAUUUGGAAUCAGACAGCCACACAGGGCUAAGUAAGCAAAUGACAUGAAGGUAAACAAGGACACCAAGAUCCGCAAUCCAAUUACAUAGCAUAUUGUGCAAGUUAAGUACUCUUAUGUAACCUAAAGUGGUGCAAGGUACUCUUAUGUAAUCUAAAGUGGUGCAAGGUACUCUUAACCAUACCGCUGUAAACUCACCUUUUUACUGCAAGGAGCAAUGGUCAGGGACCUAAAUGGAUAGUUUGCCACUAUAGUUUUAGGAAUGAUUGUGUUCCUGACACAAUAGUAUUCCUUUAAAGCAGAGCUCCCCAAAAGGUAGAUCCCCAGAUAUUGUAGAACUACAACUCCCUUGAUGCUUUGCAUGUCUUUAGAAUGACAAAGCAUCAUGGGAGUUGUAGUUCUACAACAUCUGGGGAUCUACGUGUUGGGCAGCCCUGCUUUAAAGAGAUACUAUAGUGCCAGGAAUACAAAGGUGUAUUCAUGGCACUGUAGCUCCCUCUAUUUAAUUCAGUUGAGCUGAACUCAAGAGGCAGACAAUUGCUCAGAGGUUUGGGCUUGCAAAGGCAGGCUUCAGUCCAAAGAUCUGCAGUUUUUUUUAGAUCUAUCCCAAUGAAAAAAUACAUAUUUAAUACAUGUUUUCAUUUGGGAUAUAGCUACUAUCUUCCUGCUCUAUAUUUUGCCACACCUCUGUGUAGCUAUAGUAUAGACAAAGGGACAUAUAGUAAAGACAAAGGGACAUAUAAAAGCAAUAGCUAUAUAUAUAUAUAUAUAUAUAUAUAUAGCAUUUUUGAGACUGUGUACAAAUACAGAAAUAGAAUAAACAUUACUAGUAAAUUAAUAAAUAUAUGCGUAUCAAACUCAUUAAUUCUCUUGCAGGAUAGAGUGACCCCAUAUCUUGUCAUGUUGUGGUUAGAAAAGAAGUGGUUGAGUUUAUAGUCAGAUACCAAAUAAAAUCCACUUACACACUUCUUACACAUCCAAUAUGCAUAGAAAAACAGUAUUUUAACCAUUCAUAACUAGGGCUAAUUCUGCCUAUAAAAGGGGCGGCCUACCAAGAGUAACAUGCAAAAGGAGAAGCAAGGAUUAUAUACAAACCACUUUGGAUUUAACACACUAAAGGGGCAGAUCUUCAUUUUUAAAAUGCCAGUGCCAUGUAUAAAUGCUCAUGUACUUUGAGCGAUAGUUCCCUCAUCUUUCAGGUUUCCACUGGAAUAGAGCCCUGUGUGUGUAAAGCAGUUUUGUUUGUUUUUUCCUCAAAUUUAUUCUUAGUUUCUGUAUCUUUCCUUUGCACUUGAUUUGUGAUGAUAGUAAUUUAAUUCACAUAAUGGUACACGGUGAGACCUGGAUGCUCUCAUUACUCAUUUAAGCGUGUGCAUGGGUUGUAGGUAUUUGAAUUUUUUAGUUAUGAAAUUGUGGAAUGUGUUUACAGAUUUAAAUUUUUAGUAUUCAUACUGCAUCCAAUUGAAACCUCAUAUCUAAAAGAAUGAUUUCCAUUUAUCUUUGGUAAAAACAAGUUUAUUUAAUAAAUCCUAAUUUAGGUUGAUAACAGUCAUGUAUUCGUUUAUCACUACGAUGACAUAAAAAGUUAGCUUAACAUGAUAACAAAAGUAGUAUCUCACAAUAAAACUGCAUAUAAAAAAAUAAAAAUAAUCAAAAUGUUAAAGUGUUUGGGAGUAAAUUAUCUAACCUGAGUUGCAGAACAGCAUUUUUAUAAAUUAUUAGUGAUGUCCCGAACGGUUCGCCGCAGACUCAUCAUUGAGUAAACUUUGACCCUGUACCUCAGUCAGCAGACACAUUCCAGCCAAUCAGCUGCAGACCCUCCCUCCCAGACCCUCCCACCUCCUGGACAGCUCACUAAGAAUGCAGCUUCACAAUGAAUGUAAAAUGUAUGCUGUCCAGGAAGUGGGAGGGUCUGCUGCUGAUUGGCUGGAAUGUGUCUGCUGCCUGUGAGGUACAGGGUCAAAGUUUACUCAACGAUGAGUUCUCGGCGAACCGUUCGGGACAUCACUAUACAUUAUAUGUUAACAUCGUUAUAGCACAAUUGCUACCUGCUCUGACAUUGUAUAUCCAACAUAUUCAGAACAGCAAAUUAUAUCAGACAUGCUAUUUACAUCCAAUUGGCUAGACAAAAACAUAUAAACAAAAAUAAGUCGGGGUUCCUAAGACCUUUUACAUGAGCAACACAUCGCUACCUAGCACGCUGGUGAUUCUGGUCCCACAUUUGUGAACGAGCUAAAUAAUAAAAAUGUGCAGUAAACUAUGUUAAAUCUAGGGCACUUUAAAAUAUAAACUCUAUUUGCAUAAAAUUAUAUAGAAAUGUAACUCCAUAUCAUACAGGUCAAGGUAAAUUGGUGAAAAUUGUUUCAGACUAAACACUGCAACGCAGAUUUUUAUCUCUCGACUUGCCUUAAAACAUAGGCACAUUUUUUUUCUACUUCAUUGGACAGCUCCGUAUACAACAUGUAAUGCUCUCAUGCAAGAUUUGUUAAGAUAGAAAGCAAGUGGAUCUACAACAAAACAACCUGCUCACUGAUUCACCAUAGCCUGGAGCAAACCACGGACAGUCUGGGAUUUAGUUAAGGCAGUUUACAGUUGUGCGUAGGCAGUUCCAAUUCAGUGUGUGAAUGUAAGCACAUAAGAGUUUUUUUUUUUUGUCUGUAUGUAAACAUAUCAGAUUUAUUACCCGUGAAAAUGUUGCCUACAGAUGUAUGCGGAGUGAUUCUGUAAGUAAGUGUUUUAGAACGUUUUAUAUUUUUAUGGUGCUGUAUGUAACUAAUUGUUUAUACUUAUGUAAAAUGAUGUUGAGGCGGUGGGUAUACAUCUGUACGGGAGUUUAGAUCUGUAAAAAUAAGUGUGCGUGUACCUGUGUAUAUAUAUGUGGGGUUGCGUGCACGUAAGUAAAGGAGCUGGGGUUACAUUUUUUAUUUAUUUUUUUCAAAUUUAAACUUAUGAUAAGCAUUGGCAAGACUCGCAGAAGUCUAAUUGGCAUCGCUUCAGGACACGCAGGUCCCUAAAAUUUUAAUCUUUUAAAGCUUGCAUCACAUUGUAAUAGGGUAAUACCUCCUCAUAAUAACUCAGUUGGGUUCAGUCUUGUGUUACAGUGCUAAUAGAGGUAAUAUGGAGAACUUCCAACUGUCGAGCAGUAUAAAAUAAACAUUGUAACAAACUAAACUUACGGGUCACUGUCACGUUUUCUGAAGUUUUAAGUUCACUUACAGGUGUCUGCUUUUAAUCUCUUUUAAUCUGAAUUAGGGGGAAAAAAAACUGAAGACCCGCAGGACCCUUCAAAUUUCAGGAAGGGACACGCAGGUCCCAGUUCAGAUAUUUUAAGUGUGUGUUUGCAUGUUUCAAUAUCAGGUAUUGCAAGCAACUGCAACCUGUAAAGUAAAACGGUGUGACCUCAGCAGCUCAGCUCCCGGUUGGGCGUAUGCUUUAAGUGUAGUCACUCUCUGUGCCACGUCCCGAGCUCCAGGGCACAGGCCCCGUGAAGAAGAGGAUGGGAGGUGGUGAAGCGGGAAUGAGAGACCGUGUAAGAGGAGAAUGUGGUAUGAAAGCGGGUGCGGAUCAUCUCACCCGCCUCCUGGUGUCUCCUACUGGGGAUAGUCAAAUCCCUCCCCCCGCGGCAAUCCGCCCCCCCAGAUAACUGGUCAGGAACUCCUCCACCAGUCAGUGUGCCUAUAGGUCCGUUUGCGUCUGUGCUCCUCCAUGACCCGUAGCACUUCCAUUUUGGUAUACCAAAGGGUCAGCGUUGGGGCCGUGUCCUUUUCCAGUACAAGGGUAUUAUAUGUUUUGCGACGUUAACUAUGCAAAUGGUCAGGGAGCGUUUGUAACAGGAUGUGGUGUAGAAGAUAGGUGGCCGGCCGGAAGGGUGUGAUCUAUGAUUUACUAUUUUUGAGUUUUUCCGAUUUGGCAACCCUGCAGAACAGUGUGCGAGGAUCAACUCAAUGUUGUAUUAUCUAGAGGGCUCUGUAAAAUACUGGCAUAGAUACUACACAUUUGUGGUGAGAGCAGUGCCAGAGUUAAUGAUUUGUCAAGUUACAGGUGCAACCUCACAUUACAUUUGCGAUCAAAUAUACUGAAUAAUAAGAAGGAUGAAUAUUUUUGAUGGAAUUUGCUAUGGCAAAAUUUUAUUUGCACAGAGGGAGGAAAGGGUAGGGGAAAGGAAGGAAAACAAGUUGUAAUCUUCUAGAAUAAUAAAAUUUUCUCUAAUUAAAUAUCAAUUACCCAGGUGUAUAAAACAGAUAUGAUUUACAGUAAAGAAUGACGAGUACAGGUUAAAACAUGUAUGUGCUGCUGAUUAGCUUAAUCCGUGUGUGUGUACUAUAUAAAAAUAGAAUUUACUGUUACACAAUAAAGCACAAAAUCGGUGUGAAUGAGGAACAUAAAAAUUGGCCAUAAAAGAACGCUCAUCUCCACAUAUAAUUAAAAUAAUUUCAUUGGAUUAAAUUUAUUUUAUUUUUUUUAAAUGCUAGAGUGUGAAUCACUGUAUUUUUGUAUUGCAAGUCAUAUGGUCUCCAGCAAGGAAAGGUUACAUAAUAUUAAAAAAAAAAAAAAGUGCUAUUACUUUAAUGUGUUCAUUAUUCUAAUUAAGCAGCUAGUAUAUCUGCACAUCUAAAAGACAACGAGCCCAACUUAGAACUACAACUAUGGCCAUUCAUGCUAUCUUACCAUAAAUGUAUUGGAAGAUGAUGUGUAAGUACAUCAUAUGGGAGCAGAUGGCAGUGUGCAACAUCUAUGUAAGUCAACCACUUUGGAGGAGACAGAAGCAAUCAUCAGGUAGGUAAAUCUCCACUUCCAAAUACCAAUGCAUUUUUCAAUGUGAAUAUUUCUAAAAACAGCUUGCAAAAGCUGCUGAACUCUUUACAAGCCCCCCUCCUCCUCCUCUACAGUCACCAGACUUUCCAAUGCAACUUAAUGACAAGUCUUUGUAACUCAGGUGCUCUGGGCAAUAGAAUUGCCUCUUGUGUUUAGCAAACACGACCCCCCCCAAAAAAACAAAAAAACACAAAACACAUGCCUCCCACUCGAUCUGAUUUUAGGGUCCUGUCCCAACUUUGUUCACUUCCGUCUCACUUUUGGGGACACCUAGGAACAAUCCCCAAAAACCAGAGUGCAUCAUUACACAUUAGGCUAUGCUCAGGGCACUACGACCAUACAGCAAGCAUUGAAACAGUGCUCUCUGAAUUGAUUGUCUGCCCUUGGUUGGCUUGAUUGGCAAGAUGUCUAUCAAUUGUUUGAGUGAUGUCAGUGACAUGAUUUACAUCACUGACCUGCCCCAUUGUUCCAUUACCCACCAACGUCCUGAUGAAGGGAUGCCUAGGUGGUAAACAGGCAGUAACAGGACCGUUUGUCUAAUUGACAGCAUGGGGGUUGCAACAAGGAUAAUUCAGAAAAAGUGCCAAUUCUCUAUUUAAAUUUGCACUUUUUGUAUAAUAUAAAGAAGAGGACACACUCUCCAUACAUAAAGCACAUCAGCAAGCUAAAUUGCUUUAAGACAGUGUUUAAUCUUUGCAUUUGCUAGCAAAUUCACUAGCUAGCAAAAUGUAUAGAAAAUAUAAGUUGAAGAGGAGCCUUGUCCUAAACAUUUUGUCAGAUAAAACCCUUUAGGUCUUUAUAAAAGUGUAAUAAUAUUUGUAGAUUGCAAGACUGGACGAUAUGAGACAAACAAUGAAGUUAACAAUCCAAAACACAUACUUACUAUUUAUAACAAACAGAUUGUGAUUAUAUAGAUGAUCAUUAUUUUCUAUUUAAUCAUAUUGUCACAUCCAGUAUCAUACAAAAAACAAUUGAUAUUGAUAUAUACACAAAGUACAUAAUCGUGGCUAAUAUUGAGCAUUUGAAACAGAGUGUUGAUAGUGGGAGAAGCCAGAGCUUAGCACUAAACCAUCAUAACUACUAAAGGAGGAUUUUGUACAAAUAUACUUUGAAUACACUCAUUACAGCUCAUUGAGGGCUAUUUACUAAAAUUUGAAUAUUAGUGAAUUCAUAAUAUAUUUCAUAUUUUAGACCAAAGUAGCCAAGCUUAAAAUAUUACUGACUUAUUUCCAAUUUGGCCUGCAAUUAAACUUAAAUUAUAAUAAUUUACACUUUAGGGACGAACACUGAGUAGGAUACUUUGAGGGUCAAUGAAACACACGCUACCCACCACUUUCACAGCCACUGGGAAAUAUUAACGUGCACUUUUGAUGAUCAACAAUUCUAAAACAUUCUGCUAGCCACAUUCCUGGCAAAACAUUUUGAGGCAAUAAUGUUUGAAACAAUAGAUCAGUGGCUGUAAUCCACCACAAUGCACGUGAAAAUAGUGUUGUGAGUAAUUGGACACUAACAGGGUUAUUCGUUAAAUUUAAAAAUAGAACUUGUGUAUUUUACCUUUACUGACUAAAUCAGCCAUUUUACAGUAUUACAACCAACAAUAAAACAGGUCUUCCCAUAAAGAGAUUAGCAACCACUCUUGGGCUUCAACUAAUUGGUAGCUGGCAAAAAUAUGUUACCCAUUCAUUGAUAACUGUAAGGAGUCAUCUUUCCUGAAAUAUCAUUUGGACAUUUACUGGCCAUUGCUCUAGGAAUUUUAGCAAAACUCCGAGCAGGAUAUGGAGUUGCCCAUUAAACUUUCAUUAUUGUUAACGGUGAGUCUCGGUAUCUUUCAUGACCAGCUUUCUCUAAAAUACAAGACCAUUUGCAGUACUACAGGGAGCAACGGCUAAGAAACAGGAUUGCUAUUGCCUAUGUACUGGGGCUGAAACGUCGAUAUGUUUUAAUGUCACAAAUUAAAAGUUAUAUUUUAUUAUUACCUAUACUACGUCCUUGGAGUGCAGUCAUUUUCU